AAUAGAAACGGUCUCAUUCCUCUCUAGGCUGUUGUUGGUUGCGUGAGAGAAAAAAGGGAGGUAAUUUCAUUUCGAAUUAUCACCCAAAAAUAACAACAUUAAGGUUUUAGUGAUGAUAUCCUGUGAAAACCGAAAGCAACAAGAAUCCGCAUCUGCCUAGUAGAACAAGAAGUCCUCCUGAAACAGUUGAUUUCGUUGUGACUGUCUAUCGGGAGUUAUUUUUGGCGCUGUAGAGGUUUUAGUAACUAUUUUGCCGUGGAUAAUGUUUAGAUAAGAAUCUAAGUCGGUCGAGAAUAAAGCGGGUCGAGUCUGAACUGAGUUGAACUUUGAAACAUUUGAAUUUUUGGAGCCUUUUUUUUUUUUAAUCGAUCCCAUCAUGGAAUACAAAGUGGAGGCGCACCGGAUCAUGAGCAUCUCCUUGGGGAAAAUUUACAACUCCCGGGUCCAGCGUGGAGGCAUCAAGCUGCACAAGAACCUGCUCGUGUCUCUGGUCCUCCGAAGCGCCCGCCAGGUUUACCUGAGUGACUACUACGGUGGAGUCUGUCUGAAUGGCCCGCACGGAGAGACCAAAGAGUGGGAGCUCACGGAGGGCGUACAGGAGAAGGAGUCCUUACCGACCCCGGCGGAGUGUGAUCGGCCCGAGCAGCCCGAGAGCGCUGGGUGUGCUGAGAGCCAGUCACAGGCUGAUUCUCCACUGGACUCUAACGUUAAUCUGACGGUUGAUGUUUCUCCGUCAUCGACAGAGUCUCCCGUGGUCAGUAGUGACACUCCGUGUGAAUCUAAAACAACCCAGGUGGGCUCUUUGGACCGUGAAACUGAUGCAGUUUUGGGGACGGAAGGGAGUUCAGAGCAGCCCCCGAAACCCGCAGCCUGUUCAAACAGGAAACGGAGCGCUGAGAAGUCACCAGCCGCCACUGACUCUCCUCUAAAACGGACUAAAAAAACCUCCUCGAAUCAGGAGGAAAGCGAGGAGAUGGACACAAGCAACGUGUCAAACCUCAUCACCAUUUUCGGGUCUAGUUUUUCCGGACUUUUGAGCAAAGACAGCGCGAAAGAGGACACCCAAGAGGACGCCGGUGACUCGGGCCAAAUCUGCUGUGACCAAAUGCUAAAGAAUCUCAACCCCUGGAGCACCGCUAUCGUUGCGUUUUAAGGGGAAAGGAAACCAUGUUUGAGACUUUACAAGUAUUCACACGCGGGGGUUUCUGUUGUAUUUCUGUUCUGGGUUACUCUAAAACACGUGGUUACGGGACUUCCCCCAACACACGCGCGGUGCUAUCGAGUACAAACCCGGCCUGCAGCGUUUUCACCUCGGCCCAGUCCCAAAUCAGCUUCUGUGUAGUGCACUGUAUGCUCAUUUUAUUAUAUGCACUAUGUGGUUUACUCAUAAGGGGACUAAGGAGCCAUUUGGUACACGGCCCGUGUUGUAAACCCGAGGAAUGUUAACGUGUUGGUGCUACUACAGAGAAUUACGACGUCAACGGAAGUGACGUCAUUGAACGGAACUAAACUUUUUUUCACCAUUUGUGGGCUCAGUUGAAUUUAACCAACAGUCAGCAGUGGAUGGUGAUCAUUAGUGUGAAGUGUUAUGCUAAAUACUUUUGUACAAAUGAAAAUGUUACACUGAUGUAAGAACUGCCUACAAACCAAGAGUCUGCAAGACCGUCUUUGUUUUAUAAAGACUUGUACAUUUGUAACAUUGUUCCUGUACAUAUUGUUUUCAAUGUUGCAUUAUGAAUCUAUGUAUUUUGGUAUUUACUAUUCUGACUAUUACGUGAUGGUCACGUAUUAAAAAAUGUGAAAUGA